AUGUCAAUGCCCCCUCUUCCUCAGAGCGCCGACAAGAGUGCCAUCUGCGCUCGACUAGGUCUUACUGACCAAAUCCAUAAGCUACUCCUUAAAGAGGCCGAGCUGGCUCGAGACGCCUUGAGCAGUAAUCCGUACAAUUUGACAGAGCAGUCCAAGGCGGAUCCCUCCGUGGCCGAGCCUUAUAGAUGGGACGAGAUUUCCGAGACGGCAAAGCAUUCAUACGUAUUGAUGGUCGUUCGCGAUGCUUGCGCCGAGACACGCCCAUACUAUUACAUGGGCUACUACAGAACCGCAGUCGCCGAAGAGAACUGGGUCGCUAGGUGGUACCUUUGGCAUAGCUUUCGAUACAGG